GGGAGGGUUGUUCCCUAGCAACCAUCUCUGCUCUUCAGCCUUUAUCCCACCUCCAUUCCUGGACUUCAGACUUGCCUGCUUGCCUGUACGAAUCACUGUGUCACCACGUCAGUGAUCAUGGACCAGGGUGUGGUAGAGCUUCCGGCUUCCUUUACACGUAAUAUGGCAGAAAGUGAGUAUGUGCUGGCCAACGGUCCCUCAGUGGAAGCUGAGGAAGAGAAAAAGAAGCAUCUUCCAAAAGCAAGUCCCAGCAGUCAGAGAACAUCCCAAGGGAGCUCCAACAGUGCCUCCUGGAAGAUCUCCAAGGGCCCAGCGGCUCAGGGAACAGCAAAGAAUUCCACAUCUACUAAAGUCCAGGCAUCUCUUUCUGCAAAGUACGUUCAAACUAAAAAACAGAGCAAACAGAGUCUCCAGACCAAAACUACACACACACAGAAUCUUCAUUCAGGAAGCCUUGAAGGAGAAAGAGAAGAUACUUCUACCAUCAAAGACCCAACAGAAGGGCAUGAGCCAAGAGAGAGGCGCAGCACUUACCACCUGUCUGCAAGAGGGCAGAGGAAGGCAGAAAACACCAAAUCUCUCUUAAAUGUCAGAGAAGCAGUAGCAGGCCAGCACCAAACACGGAGGCCUAGAGGGCCUGGAUCUUCCCAGAAGACCAUCAAAGCCAGCUGUGAAAAAGACAAGGAGACCUGCGGCAGAUUAAGUGCUAAAGAGUCCUUAGCAUCAUCAGGGCCAGAUAGGAAAGCAGAAUGGAAUCUCGUUCUGGAGGAGGGAGACAGCUUGACCUGUGGCAACAGCAAAUAUAAAUUAGCCAGUGCCAGUGAACUUACCAGCGAUAAAGAGGAACGGCGAGCUCUCUGCGAGACGGCCAUAAUCUUGGGACAGAAAAGACUCUGCGAACGUACUGAAAUGCUAAACGCCUUGAACUCUACAUCUUUAACUGAUUACAACCACCUGGGUUUUAACCUGAGAUCAAAUAUCUUCCAAGGUGGCCCACUGGAGAGCCGAAGCUUGAUGAAAGAUUCCUAUACCCCUGAUAUAAUUCAGAAGGGAAUCAGGGAUCCCAAGAACUGGUACGGAAGGAAGACAGAUGAGCUAGGGAAAUGGCAUCAGACAAAUGCUCUACAUCUUAACCUGCAGAGAGCAUUGGAGGACAAAUAUGGGAAAAGAAACAUCAAGUCUUAGAAGAUGAAGGCUGAGGACUGGAGGACGUUCAAUGGAUGGGAGAUCUUUUUCCUCAACCAUCUAAUAAACCUCCAGAUAAAGCAGGCACCCAUGACAUGCUAGCUGUCAAUAGCAGAUUUGUUGCUGGUGUUGUCUUCCUCUCUCAGUUAGGGUGUCUUUGGGGGGAGCAAUGCAAGAUAAA